UCCUAUGAUUUUAACCAUGAGAAAAGAGGAUGCUGCGUCAUUAUAAAUAAUGAUAAAUUUACUGAUAUGUAUGACAGACCAGGCUCAAGUUGUGAUGUCAAGAAUAUGGAAACUGAAUUUAGAAAUUUAGGAUUUGAUGUUAAGAUAUAUAAUAAUCUCACAGCUUCCUAUAUAGAUAAAAAACUUAGGAAAGUAAGUAUGAAGUAUGAUCAUGAGAAAGCUGACUGUUUUGUUUGUAUCAUAUUGAGUCAUGGGGAGGAACAUUUUGAUCUGAAACGAGAGAGAAAUGAUGUUAUCUUUGGUAGUGAUGGACAUCAUAUUUCUAUAGCAGAAAUCAUGGAAAGAUUCUCAGACCCAUAUUGUCAUGGUUUAUUGGGUAAACCCAGAUUGUUCUUUAUUCAGGCUUGUCGAGGAGUAAAGACUGAACAGGGUGUCGAUAUCACCAUUAAAUCUAUUAAAAAAGUUGAAGUACCAGUACAUCCACAGAAACCAAUUGAUAGAAAAAAAUUAAUUUAUUCUUUUUCUUGUAUUCUAGGUUACUAUGCAUUCAGAAGAGAGAGUGGUACAUGGUUUAUAAAAUCUUUAACUUAUGUAUUACAAAACUCCCUACGGUCAAAAACCUUUCAACAAAUGUUAACUCAUGUUUCAUAUGAAAUGGCAAUGAAUUAUAAAUCAAAGAAUAAGAAGAAUCUAAAUAUUGAUGGUUGUGUCACCAUUCCUUGUAUUAUGUCCAUGUUAACAAAGGAUAUCUAUUUU